AUGCCUCCUGUCAAGUGUAUCCUUUUCGACUGCGACAACACGCUCGUGCUGUCCGAGAUCGCCGCCUUCACUGCCUGCGCUCAGCUCGCCAACGAGAUUCUCGAGAAGUAUGGCAUUGAGAAGCGCUACGGCGGCAUCGAGCUCAUGCACCAGUUCGUCGGCCGGAAUUUCCGCAGCAUGAUGGCCGGUCUCUUCGAGAUCCACAACUUCACCAUGCCCGCCGAGGAGCUUGACUCCUACGUCGACCGUGAGCUCGAGCUUACCAUCUCUAACCUGCGCAAGCAGGCCGAGCCUUGCAAGAACGUCAUCCCCGUUCUCGAGAAGAUCCACAAGGAGAACAAGUACGCCAAGGCCAUCGUCUCCUCCUCUGCCAUGCCCCGUGUCGUCGCCUCCAUCCAGACCACAAAGAUGGACCAGUUCUUCGGCGAGCCCAACGAGGGCAUCUUCUCCGCCGCCAGCAGCAUCGAUCCCCCCACCUCCAAGCCCAACCCUGCCAUCUACCUCCACGCCUGCAAGAAGUUGGGCUUCCAGCCCAGCGAGUGCAUCGCUAUCGAGGACAGCAGGAGCGGUGCCACCGCAGCCAAGAACGCCGGUAUCCCCUUGUUGGGCUACGUCGGCCCUUACUACGAUGAGGAGAACCCCGAGGAGAAGGUCAAGGCCCACGAGAAGCUGUUCUCCGAGGAGCUUGGCGCCUUUGACGUUAUGCACGACUGGAAGGACUUUGAGAGCAUCUUGAACAAGUUUGAGAGCUCAUAG